UUUUGAGAAGUCUGUUUUUGGAAAAUUCUUAGCUUCUAAGGAAAUGUCAUGUUGUGGUCAACUUAUACAUUACCUUUUAGGGAACAUGGUUGAGGUAAGCAACCUUCAGAAUGCUUUGUCGUUUGAAAUCGAGGGUAGGAUCAUCUCAUUUUCUGUUUCUGAUUUCUCCCACAUUAUGGGCUUUCCUUAUGAUGAAACUGUCUCUAUUGUGCAUGAUAAUGAUUCUGAGAGGGGUGAUAUCUGGAAUACAUACUUUCCAGACUAUAAAACAAAAGUCAAACGUCGGGAUAUUAAGAGUGUAUUUCAGUCCAUUCAGAGGGGUAGAGAACUAGAAGAAAACAUCGUUAAGCUUUCCUUGUUAUAUGUUUUGUCCCAUGCUUUUUUGGCUUCCGAAGGUCAGGUUUCAAUCCAUUCAACAUACCUUAACCUUGUAGAUGAUCUAGCUGCUUUUAAUUCUUACCCAUGGGGCAGAGUCAUUUGGGAUGACAUGGUAGGUUAUUUCAAGGCUUCUUUAAAGAGCAUUGAAUCUAAUCCUUCCCAUUACAAUGUUUACGGUUGUGUCAUUGCAUUACAAGUGUGGGCUUUUGAGUCAUUCCCCGCUCUUAAAGUUAUAAAUCUAGCUCGUCUAGUAGAUCCUUGUUCUGAACCAAGUAUACUGAAAUGGUCCUCCACUGCAAAGCCAUCCAGCGAAUCCUUGAAGGAUGCAAUCUUUUGCAACAAAGGAUUUCUUUUCACUCCCAUUUCACAAUCUGACAGUGUUCGUGAGCUUGACAACCCUCCAAAACCAGUCCCAUUGAAGAAAAAAAGGCAUGUCAAACGUUCUCAUGAAUCUGAAGACAGAUUUACCCCACCACUACCUGAUACUACAACAAGUCCUGAUGCCCAAACUCACUUCUCUGAUUCUGCUCCUCAAAAUAAUCAAGCUGCAAGUUCAAGUCAAGCAACAAAUUAUGAAGCUAGGAUUGUGGUGCUUGAGGAAGAAGUUCAAACGUUAAAAAAUGAGAUAUUAGGAUUUCAUGAUAAGUUCAAAGAUCUACAUAUUGUCAUUGAUAAUCUCAAAAGUCUUCUUGAAGCUUCAAAGUCCAAAGUAUCUGAUACUGGAAAAGGGUCUCCACAGCCGUUUACCAGAGCUCCUGUUGACUCUCAUCAAGCUCACCCCUCUGCAAUUGAACCUCCCCAUGACGUAGAGCAACACAAUGAACCUCCCAAAGUAUCUGAACCUCCCAAUGAAGUGUUGGAUGUUACUGAUGGUGAAAUAAUUGUGGAUGUUGAUGACACCACCAAUGUUGGUUGGACGCAGGUAAUGAUUGAGGCUUUUGAACUCUAUGAUCCAAAACCGCAAGUCUUGCCUACUGUUAAUCUGGCAUCUUCUUUACCACCUCAAGCCCAGUCAGAUACUCCCUUAAACAUCCAGGUUUCCCCUUCUAAGACUAGUGCAAAUAUUUGCUUUGAUGCUAUACAAGAACCAGGCAGACCGAAACGCAAGGUGCGUUCCCCAAUACGUUACACUCCAGGUUCUGAUGCUCUUCGCAAAGCUAAGAAGAAGGAACGUUCUGUCCAAGCUAUUUGUCCAUUCAGCCGUGAUCCGUUUGCUGAGUUCAAAUCUGAGUCUGAAAGAAUUAAUUUCUAUAAUGAAAUUAUGGAAGGAGUUAUUAGAGGUCACCGGUCUUUAUGUACAGUGACUAAGUACACAUCGGAAAUUGAUAAAAAUUUUCAUCUGGAUUUGGAUUGUGGAUUGGAAGUAGAGAGAAAAUCUUGGCUCUAUCGGCUACAUGAACCUGGUCAAUGGCUUGAUGCCACACAUAUCCAGAGCAUUGAUUUUUAUCUGCGCCUGAAAGAUGCUACAUUUAAGUUUCCCCAAAAAUUUUCUACUUCCUGCACUUACUUUCCAAGUCAUCUUAAUGCCCUUUAUGAUUCUUACAAGUCCGGUUCAGGUGAUGUAUCAAAAGCAGCCAACGAUCAAUAUGUGAUUGAUGUUAUUGCAGGCGAUGAAACUCAAUACUUACGUCCGUGGUAUGAAUGUGACUACAUCUACUUUCCAUUUAAUCUUGUUUCUAAACAUUGGGUUCUAGUUGUUCUAGAUGUUAGUGCAAACACUCUGUUUGUGUACGAUACCAACAACAGACGUGCAUCCAUUCCAAAAUCUUUGCGUACUGAAAUGCGCGGUCUCAUUCACUAUCUUCCUCUCAUCUUGUCUCACAUGCGGUCUUGUGCCCAUGGACGUGUAUAUGGUGCGGUGCUGUUGGUUCUGCCACUGUUAAAAUGGCCCAUGACGUCCCACAACAGACCAAUGGGGGAGAUUGUGGGCUUUUGGUGAUGAAGAUUGCUGAAGUACUUCAAAUGGACAUGGAUAUCCAGCUUGUGUGCCUCGACAAAGUCCCUUCUUAUCGAGCAAAGUGGGCUCAUGACCUUUA